CGAUCCUGUAAAUGCAAAAGCCGGGUCAAAGUGCACGUCGUAAUAGAAGGUGUAACCGUGAUAAAGUUUCACGAGUCACGGAAGCGUCACGUGAUAAAUGACUAAUAAAUCACGAGAAAGGCAUUCGCCGAGGAGAAUUGUCCUUUUAGAUGCUUAAUGGUUACUCCACGUCGCCCUUUUAUUUAUUUAUCUAUUUGUUAAUACUCGGCAGGGACUUUAAAUGAUCAAUUUAAUCAUCGUAGUGAUAAUUGGAAGCUUCGGAGAAUGCCAAGGAGCUAACGGAGUGAUAUGGAACAAACUGAAGGAUGACUUUGUGCCCAUUUCCAGCAUUCCAAGUUUCCUUGCGAUGCAGGAAGUGGCACUCGCAAGAACACGGAUACUCGAAGUGCAUAAUUUCCAUCGGGCCCCUAUUAGACUAACGUAUUAUCAGGAACGUUACAUCACAGAUUUUUAUGACGACAACACCAAAGUCACAGGACUUGUCGGAGAGAUCUGGAAUACUCUUGCGGAGCACUUGAACUUCACUCUGGUAGUAAGAAGGACAGACACUUAUCUUGGUAUGCAGACUGAGAAUGGGAGCUUCAGCGGCUUGCUUGGAAUACUUGGUCGGAAUGAAGUCGACGUUGUACCCAGGGUGCAGACUUACACCGUUCGACUUGAAGUUCUGGACUUUAGCAUGGCUUUUUGGAAAACUAGGUAUCGACUGUACAUUCGUCCACAAUGGAAGAACGACGUCACUUGGAUGUUCACUGUUUUUCGCUGGGAAGUCUGGACCGUCGUUAUCACUUUGUUUCUCAUAUUCGGUAUGAUCAGCUUCAUGUUCCACACCACUACUGACCGUCGACCACAGUCUAAGCAGGGUUAUUCGUUGGGUGAUCACUUGCUGUUCACCUUUUCCAUGAUGUGCAAUCAAGGUAACGUGUUGCCAGCUCUGAAGAGAAAAUCCAAAGCACUCGACGUAACGAUUAGCUUCUUUGCUUGGUUAAUACUUCUCGCCUUCAGCUCGCACCUGAUAUCUAACAUGACGAACAGAACUUUCAUACCACCUUUUACUGAUUUAGAGAGUCUAACAAAGAGUACCAAGUAUAACGUAAUAAUACCAGGUGGUACAUUUCCUUAUAUAGUAUUCAAGAAACGCGAGAAACCAAUUUACAACACAAUGCAAGAAAAGAACCGCGUACUUUUCCUCGAUAAUGUUACUGAGAUUUACCACAAAGUUUGUUUCUCAAAGAAAAAGAAGUACGCCGUAUUUGAGUCGGAAUUAAUAAAAUUAGCUCGAGGUCGUACGUGUCCUUUAAAUCCCACCGGUAUACAUUACUUUGAAACUUGGGUCGCUUCUGGUAUUAUAAAAGGAUUCAAGUACAAGCGUAGCAUCGACGUUAGUAUAAUAAAAUUGCAUGAGGUAGGUAUAAUGGAUGUAUUGAUGGACCGUUGGCUGCAAGUUAAAUAUCAAGAAGACAGCGGUAAGGAUAAAAUUAUCUCCGUCGACAUGUCCCAAGUCCACCUGGUCUUCGUAAUCUGGUUCGUUGGUGUAGUUAUUUCCUUAAUCAUCGUUUUCAUAGAAAUUAUGUCCGCACGGUGGAGUCGCUAAACCAGUAAAAGAAAUAAAAGGACAUUGUCUUCGAAAUAACU